AGUGUCUUGGCUUUAAUAGACCAGUCGUCGUGAGCGCGCGGUGCUAACCUGGCAAAGUGUGUUCAAACUUAUAGACAACGUGAAGUGGGUUCGCUUUAUUAUGAUAUAAUUUUUUUAAGGUUUUUAUAGAGGUCAAUCAAGAUGCAGAGACCUCAAACCAGCUCGGAGAGGACUCCGCUGGUACCCCCCACUUAUAUGUUCGAAUCCAGUAUCUCAAGGACUUAUCAGAAAAGGCUCCGGAAUUUCCAGUGUGCCAUCUGCGUUUUGUUAAUUAGUGUGCUGCUAUCGAUCUCGCUGCUCGUGACCAUCUCGUACAAUCUCAGCCUGGGCCCUGACACCAGCACACCUGAUUCAAGCAACCUAUCGCUCAGUUUCGGCCUGAAUGACGACCUCAUGCCAUUGCUCAACAAGAGCUGGCCCUUGAAUGAUCACCCACCUAGAGCAUGGGUAGGAAGUACACUGACAAAAGAAAAUUUGGCAUCCGCGGUUCUAAAAGGGCAAGAUGCAUUAAAGAAACUGAAGUCGUUAGAGAGUACUCUGAAGCCUCUUGACAACGAUUCUCCAGCAUUGAGAGCACAAAAAGCGACAGCCACUGCAUCUACAGUAAAACCACUAGCUGAAAUGGCUUUCGCAGCUGAGGAAGCGACAAGAGUAUUAGUCAAUGGAACCGAUGAUACCAAGAUUGAAGCUGGUGUCGGCGUUGGGCCACAAACGAACAGCUCCUUCCAAGAGCCAGCCUACUGCCGUCCCCUUACAAAGCCUUGCGUGCUUUCAAAAUACAGAACACAAGACGGCAGUUGCAAUAACUUGAACCAUCCUCUUUUAUGGGGAGUGUCUAACACACCCUUUAGAAGAGUCAUACCACCAGAUUAUGCUGACGGUAUCAGCUCACCACGUCAAGGCAACAACGGCACGCGUUUACCGAGCGCUCGUGAUGUGAGCGUUACGGUACAUCGGCCGAGCUACGCCCAUGACUCUUCCUUCACUGUGAUGCUGGCUGUAUGGGGACAGUUCAUAGACCAUGAUAUCACCGCUACAGCUCUUAGCAAGGGUGAAAACAGCAGCUCUAUUUCUUGCUGCAAUUCGGGAGACGUUGUACAUCCUGAAUGUUUCCCCGUCCAGCUUGACCCUGAGGACCCCUUCUACCAGGACUACAAUGUGACUUGCAUGGAGUUUGUGAGAUCUGCUCCUGCACCCACUUGCCGAUUUGGACAACGCGAGCAGUUGAACCAAGCCUCGGCUUUCCUGGACGGUUCUACAGUGUACAGCUUUACCGAAACCAAGACAAACCAACUACGCGCUGGCUUGGAUGGUCAGCUACGGAUGUUAAAGCUUGGACCAUGGGAACUGCUACCUCCAUCAAUGGAUCCAAAUGAUGGUUGUAAUACUAUAGAGAUGAAUGCGAAAGGACGUUAUUGUUUCGAAUCAGGUGAUGAUCGCGCCAAUGAAAAUCUCCACUUAACCACCAUGCAUCUAAUCUGGGCACGCCAGCACAACAGACUAGCCUUUAUUUUGAAAAAAAUUAACCCUCAAUGGGACGAUGAAAUUGUGUUCCAGGAGGCACGAAGAAUAUUAGGAGCUCAAAUGCAGCACAUCACAUACGCUGAGUUCCUGCCCGCUAUUCUUGGUCAGGACGUGAUGUGGGCCCUGAACUUAACGUUGCAGAACGAAGGCUAUUCGACAAUGUAUGAUCCUACAGUGAACCCGAGUAUAGCCAACCACUUCUCAUCGGCUGCAUUCAGAUUUGCUCACACAUUGUUGCCGGGUCUGAUCCACAACGUAGACGCCAGCACGGGAACGAUAAGCUACACUCACUUGCACGAAAUACUGUUCAACCCCUAUAUGCUGUACCAAGAUAAGGGUCCAAAGUACGCCGUGAAGUCCGCUCUUAACACUCCCGUACAUUCUGUGGAUCCUCAUAUCACGUCUGAGCUCAGCGAGCACAUGUUCGAGCGGCGCGGCGCGGCCAACGGCUCGGCGGGCGCGACGGCGUCGCCGCUGCCGUGCGGGCUCGACCUCGUGUCGCUGAACAUCCAGCGCGGACGCGACCACGGCCUGCCCGCCUACCCCGCCUGGCGCCAGCACUGCGGGUUCGAGCGCCCCCGCACCUUCGACGACUUGGCCGAGUUCUUCGACGAAUCCUCCAUGGGCCGCAUUAGCAAGAUCUACAAGAGCGUUGAUGAUAUAGACCUUUACACGGGAGCCUUAGCCGAGGACCCCAAAGGCCGGCUCCUGGGCCCGACACUCACUUGCCUCAUCGCUGAUCAGUUCCUGAGACUAAAGGUCGGCGACAGGUUCUGGUACGAAACCUCGGAUGAAACUGUUCGUUUUACUGCAGAACAAUUAGUGGAAAUACGUAAAACGACGCUAGCUGGUGUGAUCUGCGCCAACGAAGGUCUUCUGGAUCAAGCACAACCCAGAGUGAUGGAAGCCCUCAGCGCUACUAACCCCCUCGUCGAUUGUAUGGAACUCCCUCAACCAAGCUUAUCACCCUGGAAGGAAACUCCUCCAACUCCUAUCCCUGAAAAAGGGCCCAAAAAGUCUGGAAAACCCACCGGCAAAAAAGCUAAUAAAAAACCAUAAGUCUAAAUAAGGUUAGGUAGGCUAUACAUAAUGUUUUGUUUAAAGUAACAAACAUUUGGAGACUCCAAACGUGAUUUGAAUCUCAUGGCUGUCCUUACGUUACCCAUAUAUCUCCCUCACAUAUCGUUCUGUCUUGCUUUAUUCAUUUUAGUAUUUAAGAUUCCCUCUGCUUAUUUAUUAAAGUCAAAAUAUAAAUUAAAAUCCGAUUGAAACAAAAUGUAUUUGUUUGAAGAUAAAACGAGAUCGAAGAUAAUUAAUAUUUGACGUCCUACUUACUUGGAAUGGUAUCUACUUUGAAUUUGAACGUUCAAAAUCUUUUAUUUAAAUCACAUUUAUUAAAAUAAUUAAUUAAUAAUUAUGAUUCCAUUGUUUUUCAUUUUAAGUUUUUAUAUGUUUAUUAGUUUUGUUUUUUAUUUUGUUUCUUAUAAUUAUAUACUAUAUUUUAUUAAAAAUAUAUUAUGCCAUAGACAUAACUAAAUAAACUAGAACAAAAAGUACCUUCGACACUGGUGAAUAUAGCCUAAGCCUUCUCUUGGUUGAAUCGAUAGAAAAUUAUAAUAAUAUAAAAAGCUUAUGGCGCAUAGCAAAUUCAUUACGUGAUGUAAAAAUAUAGGAUUAUUUUUUACCUUUGUAAAUCUUGAACAUUUGAAAAAUACUAGCUCGGCCUGAUUUUUCACAUAUGGAUGGAAGUGGUAGGUAAUGCAAAAUUACAAAAACAAUUAUUUCAUGAAAAUGCUAUUGUUUACAGAACUUUAAUAUAUCAGUCAUUUAUAGAUAUAAUCGUUUAAAAUUAAAUAAAUAUUUUAUUAUAAUAUAGAAUAAAAAAUAUUUUCUGUAUAUAAUUUCUGUGGACUGUGAAUCAGAACUGUGCCAAAACUUGAAAUGUUUACCUAUGUACAAAUAAUACCGCAUACCAAAUGUCGUGUGUUCGUUUAUAUGUUACCACCCUAUACAUAGUUAGUUUUUAUAGACCAAAUGUUUUUGAGAAUAAAAAUUUUAGUCAUAACAGUAAAAUAGGAUCGAUAAUCUCCUAUUUUGUUUUUUAAUUACAAAUAAAUUUAGUUAAUAGUUAUAAUUCUCUGACUCCACUUCACAUCAAGACGAAUUUAAUUAUAAAACAUAAUUAUUUAUUAUGACUGUUUGUUGUUAAAGCGCUAUGUGCAUUGUAUUGAAAUAAAUGUUUGUGAUUUUUUUUUAUUA